AUGGAGAUCAAUCGUUCUUAUCAAUCCAUUUCUGAUGCUUCAAGCAACAAUUUACACGAGGGUUCUAGUCUUUUUAAUGGUGUUGAUCUACAGAACCUUGGAAAGGACUGGAUCCCCGAAUGUUCUGACAGCUUCAGACCUCAAUUGGGCCAACGUAGGUCGGAAGACAAAAAUCUUGAAGAGAACAUAAAAAGGAGAACUAUAUCAACAAAGUGCGAAUGUCAUGCAAAACUUGUGCUUGGGAUUCAUGACGCUGGAGGUUUUUUUGUGAAAAAAUUUACAGAGGUUCACAAUUAUCCUUUUGCAGGUAAGGGAGGAAUGCAAUUCUUGAGGUGCAGCAGGUCCCUAUCUGAGUUCCACAUGAGGUUCAUUGUCGAUGCUUCUAAAUCAAACAUUGGUGCUUCACGAGCCCAUACCAUUCUAAGAUCGAUGAUUGGUUCAUAUGAAGAUAUAGGAGCUACUGUUGUUGAUUUUAAAAACUUUUCUAGGGAUAUUAAACAACAUAUUGGGAAGCACGACGCUGAUAUGAUUGUUCAGAAAUUCAAGGAUAUACAAGAUUCUUCAGACCCCCAUUUUAGAUUUGAAUACCGAACUGACUCACAUAAUCAUCUAACGCAAUUAUUCUGGGCAGAUGGUGAUGGGAGAAAAAAUUAUGAAGUUUUUGGUGAUGCCGUUUCAUUUGAUGCAACGUAUAGGACGAACAGGUAUGGAAUGGUUUUUAUUCCUCUAGUAGGAAUAGAUAACCACUGGAAGAGUGUAACUUUUGGUGCAAUAUUGCUUGAGAAGGAAGACAACGAUAACUAUAUAUGGGCUUGUGAAUCUUUCAAGAAGGUUUUUGUCAAGAAUCCUAAAUGUAUAAUCACAGAUCAAGACCUUGCAAUGAAGGUUGCUCUCCAAACUUGCUUUCCGUUAGUUAAGCACCGUCUUUGCAUGUGGCAUAUAAUGAAAAAAUUUCCUUCAAAGCUUGGUACUGUUUUCUGCGCCGAGUCAGGCUUCAUGGAGAAUCUUAACCAGUUUAUCUGGUCAGAUCAUAUAACUCCAGAAGAGUUUGAACAUGGAUGGUCUGAUGCUGUCGAAGAAUUUGACUUAAGUGACAAUGUGUGGCUCAGUGAAAUGUUUGAACUGAGAAAGUUUUGGAUUCCAGCUUCCUUUAAUGACGAGCCAAUGGUGGGACUUCUUCGAACAACAUCUAGAUCAGAGAGUUCUAAUUUUUAUUUUGGAAAUUAUGUUCAAAGAGGAGACACACUUUCAGAGUUUUAUCUCUGUUAUCAAAGCGCAAUUGACAAACAAAGGAACAACUCGAAGAAAUUGACCCACUAUGAUGAUUUCACACCAAAAUUAAUCACUGACAAAGAAAUUGAGAAGGAUGCAUUGAGGCUUUACACCAGGGCUAUGUUUUAUAAAGUACAGGAGGAGAUCAAAGCUGGUAGUAUGGAUGUUGUCGUCUUAAGCAUGAGUUUUGCGGACAAUACAAGAACAAUAAUGAUUCAAGACACAUUCAAGAAGGGUAUCACUUUCAAGGUUGAAGUAAACAUGGACACAAACAAUAUUGAAUGUUCGUGCAAACUUUUCACCAAAGCUGGUUACCUAUGCUCUCAUGCUUUUUUUAGCCUUGGCAUAUGCGGGAUAAAAUUAAUUCCAAGACAGUAUGUAUGCAACAGGUGGCUGAAGAACGCCAUAGAGCGUUUCAGUACACUAGAGCUUGGAGAAAUAGCUGAUAGUGGUACAAUACAAUUAUCUAGACGCGUUAAGUCGCAAGAUUGUUGGUUCGAAUUUCAGGGUUGUCUCAGUGAUGCAUCUGGAAAUCCGGAAAUAUUGGAGUAUAUUAAAAGUGCGCUGAGUAGUAUGCGGAAGCACAUUACAGUGAUAAUGAAGAAGCCGAAGACCCGAUUGAAUUCUGAACAAAUUGAAGAAUUGAUAGAUUCUCGUGUUGUUGAAGAGGUGACCAUACAGAAUCCAAACAAAAGCAACAACAAAGGCAGCAGAAAAAAAAUUGUAUCUGGAGCAGAAUAG